UUAUAUUUAAAAAUUAACAACAAAAAAUAAAAAUGUCAUCACAUAACCUCAAAUAGGGCGAUUUAUAAUUAGAAAAUUUUAAUAUCUUUACUCUAUUUUGAUAGAACAUGUAUCGCACAUUUUCAAGUCAAAGUUUACUAUUAUUACGGCAAAUCGUUAAUACAAAUCCUGUUUCUUUUUUUCAUACAGUUCCAUCAUGUUUCGCCGCUGUGAAGAAAACCUCCGCUGCUGGAGGUGUAAUGGGCCUUGGUAAAGGCAAAAAGAAGGGAGGCAAACUUGGAACCAUGGAAAAAACAGAGUUACCAGUGGAGACUGACCCUGAAAAACUUGUAAAUUAUGUUUGUGGGUCCAACAUUUAUACCACUGGUGAAGAUAUCAAGUUAAAAGAAGACAGUGAGUACCCAGAAUGGUUGUGGUCUCUCAAUACAGGUGCUCCACCACGCAUACAGGACUUAGAUCCAAACAGUAAGCAAUACUGGAUACGUGUGCGGGCUGCGGGCAUGAAACGCAACAAUAAGCUGCGUUCACUGCGCAAAUUUUAAACGUAGAUGCAAGAGGAUAAUA